AUGGAAAAAGUUCGUGUACCCAGAUACAUCUUGACUAUGAACAGCUUUUCACAGACAUCCUCUAAGCGUCCUCAAGGAACUUGCGAUACUUCUGUCCCCCAGCAGUACUUCUGCGAAAUCUGUGGCAAGGCAUUUUUGGUCCAUUCAAAUCUCCAAAGGCACAUCCGCUACAUUCAUCGAAGCAAUCGCCAUUAUCCCUGUCCCGAGUGUGGGAAGGUCCUGGUGUCCAAAUCAAACCUCCAAAAGCACGAAGACUUCUACCAUAAGGGAAAACGUGUCAACGAGUGUCCCAUUUGUACCAAGCAGUUUGUUCGUCCCCGGGAGCUUCGCAGACACGUGCUAAAUCUUCACCUGGAUACCAGGAAGUACCACUGCGAACUAUGUAAAAAACCAUUCUCCGACAAAUUCAGUGCCCGGCGGCAUCUUCGCGAUGUCCACAAAUGUAAGAUUUAG